GAUUGAUAUCGUAUGAGGCUAUCAGUGCUUUCCCUCGCAUCUGUCUCUCAGCCUCUGAUACGUCCCUCGAUCCUGACCUAGGCAUGGAAAAAAUUGAAAGACGCACCCGAACGCUCGAUCUUGAGCAGUCGGAUUCUGUUGGAUAUGAAAUUGAUGACGAAUUCUACUUCGAAGAUAUAUUCUUAUUGGUCGAAGGAAUGCUGUACAAACUUCCAAGAAGAAACUUUGUCGAGGAUUCUCAAACGUUCCAAGACAUGUUUGCUCUACCGCAAUCUUCCCAACAACCCACUGAAGGGUCAUGCAAGGAGACGCCAAUUAUACUCGACGGGAUUCAUCGGAGUGAUUUCAAUCAACUAUUAAGAGUUCUUUUUCCGCGGAACUACGGAAUCGAGGAGCGUCUCACUGAAUGUGAAUGGGCAUCCGUCCUGAAACUCUCAUCGCUCUGGAUGUUUUCGCGAGUCCGUGAAAAUGCCAUACAGCAUCUAAAGUCCUACCAUGAGAAGGACCCCGUUCAUUGCCUAGCGCUUAGUCUUCAAUUCGACAUAAAGGAGUGGAUGGUCCCGUCACUCACGGCUCUUGCGAAGCGACCUCAGCCCAUUAGUUCAGCUGACGUUCAAACGCUCGGCUUGGAAUGCGCGCUGAAGGUCUGUCAGCUUCGCGAGAUGGCCAUUGACAUCGUAGGGAGCUAUGGACAAAUUUACAAUCCUGGUCGAAAUCUUUUGAUAGAGCCAAAGCGCGAAGCGCUUAAUUACUCCAGUGCGAUUCAUGCCAUCUUUGAUAUAAACUAAGACAAAAAUGAACCGUUUCACGAGAGCUCGGAGACCUUCACAAUUGGGCACCUAACAUCAUGCUGUAAUACCAAAUAUGUCCUUGAUCGUCUCCGUCAUGUCAUAUGUUGUGAUAGGAUGCGCAUGAGUACGAGGGACUGGAACAAAUGGGCUGAAUGCAGAGUCUCGAGGAUGAUGCAUCCGAAAACGCACCUCCGAAGC